GUGACGCUUUUUUUCUUUUUUUAAAGGAUCCGGAAGAGUUCGUAGGGGGUUGUUCAGAAGUGUUCAGUGAAAUAGACAAGAGUAACUGUAGACGAGAUUAUGGCAUUUUCCCCUAAAGCAAAGAGAACCCCCAAAAAUAAAGAUGGGAAAGGUGCGCAAAAUCUACCCAAACCCCAGAAGGACGCUUACUCCAGACUUCUGAAUCAGCACCAGAAUGGCAAGUUUCGUUCUUACUUGCAAGAGUUUGUAGAGCAGCAGUCAGAGGAGAACGCGACUACAUCGGUUAGCAGGUCUGAUGCCAACAGGAGAAAAAAAGGCCAUUCAGAGUCAUCCUAUUUCGGUGAUAGCGUCUCCUCUCCGCAGAGUAGGCCGAUGUUGGCUGACACUUUCAACUCUUUUCACGCGGACAAAACAUUCCAUCAGGUAACAUGCGCUGAAGACCCGGGCACGAAUCCUGGCAUGCUGGAAAAGUUACAUAAGGGUUCUGCUCCCAAAAAGGCAUCCGCUAAACUGAAAAAGAGUGAAAAAGACAUCAAAGCGAGCACGAGUCUGGUGGGAUCUGAGGAAGGCGACGCUCAACAGUUGAGCGGUUCAUGCGGGGAGGAAAAAACGAGGAAAAAAUCAAAGAAGAAAAGCUCAAAAGGACAUUUGGAGAAAAAGGACAAGGGCGCGUGUGGUCUUGAAGUCGACGCUGCUGAGAAAUCUGCAAAUAAAAAUGUCAAAGCUUCUCAAGCAUUGAAAGGCUCACGGCAAAUUGACAAAAAAGAUAUAAAUGCCAAAGAUGGGCGAGCGUCCGGGAAGCAGGUUUUUGAGCAGUACAUGUCUGUGGAGGAUGUGUCUGCAGGGCUCAAGAGAGGAGAACUCAUUCAGGGAGUGCUGAGGAUAAACCCAAAGAAAUACAAGGAAGCGUAUAUCCCAUCUCCUGAUGGGUCAGCCGAUAUAUUUCUGGAUGGGAUUUCAGCUCGUAACAGAGCUCUCAAUGGAGAUGUUGUUGUGGUGAAAGUUCUCCCACUUGAACAGUCGCAGGCAACGAAGACUCCUGAUGUCAUAGUAGAGGCCCAUUACAAUGGAGAUGAUGAGAUGGUCUCUAAAAUGGAGAAAGUCAGUCUCAAUGACAAAGCCCUUCUCACAACACAGUCUGUUGAACAUGCAACGACAUCCAACACUCCUGCAUCAAGUUCAGAGAGAACUACGCAAAAAAAUGGGAAGGUUGUAUUCAUUGUUGAAAAAAAGCACAGCAGGGCAGUAUCAGGCUUUCUCAAAUUUCUUCCCAACAAGAGAUUUGCCAUGUUUUCUCCUGUGGAUCACCGAGUCCCGAGAGUUAAUGUGCCUCUAGCGGACUGCCCUGCAGACUUCACUUCCAGGCCUGGAGACUACGAAAACACACUGUUUAUCUGCCGAAUUACACAAUGGCCAGCAGACAGCAACUUUGCUGAAGGGCGGCUUGCAAAAACGUUAGGGCAAGCAGGUGAAAUAGAGCCAGAAACAGAAGGCAUCUUGACUGAAUAUGGUGUUGAUUUCUCGGAGUUUACAGAGGAGGUCUUGAAUUGCCUUCCUCAAGAUCUACCUUGGAGCAUCCCUGCUCAUGAGCUGUCUACAAGAAGAGAUCUCAGAAAAGAGUGCAUAUUUACCAUCGACCCAGCUACGGCCAGAGAUUUGGAUGAUGCGCUGUCCUGCAAACAGCUCUCAGAUGGCAACUUUGAAGUUGGUGUUCAUAUAGCUGACGUGAGUUACUUCGUGAAGGAGGGAAACGCCUUGGAUGAACUCGCUGGACAGAGAGCCACAAGUGUCUAUCUAGUCCAAAAGGUGAUCCCCAUGUUGCCCCGUCUUCUCUGUGAGGAACUGUGCAGCUUGAAUCCUCUGACAGAUCGACUGACUUUCUCCGUCAUUUGGAAGCUUUCUCCAGAGGGAAAGAUAUUGAGUGAGUGGUUUGGGCGAACCGUCAUCUGUUCCUGCAUUAAGUUGAGUUAUGAUCAUGCUCAGAGUAUGAUUGAUGCUCCUGACAAGCACUUUAGUCCUGAAGAACUGCCAGCCUGUUCCCCAAACCACAGCAUCAUCGAGAUACAAGAGGCCGUCCUCAACCUGCACAACAUCGCCAAACAGCUCCGAGCUCAGCGCUUUGAGGGUGGCGCUCUCCGACUUGACCAGCUGAAGCUGUCUUUCACCCUUGAUAAGGAGUCCAGCAUGCCUCAGGGCUGUUACGUCUAUCAGUAUCGAGACAGCAAUAAACUGGUGGAGGAGUUCAUGCUGCUGGCGAACAUGGCGGUAGGGCAUCAGAUCUACCGCUCGUACCCAGAACUGGCACUUCUUCGGAGACACCCGCCUCCUCAGACCAAGAUGGUGGAUGACAUGCAGGAGUUUUUUGACCAGAUGGGCCUUGACAUUGACUUCUCCUCAUCUGGAGCACUCCAUAGAAGCCUGAAUGAAAAUCUUGGUGAUGACGAGUAUACAGCUGCCAGGAAAGAAGUCAUCACUCACAUGUGCUCCAGGCCAAUGCAGAUGGCGGUGUAUUUCUGCGCAGGAGCUCUGAAAGAUGAGAAGUUGUUCCGUCAUUAUGCUCUGAAUGUGCCGCUCUACACUCACUUCACUUCACCUAUUCGGCGAUACGCUGAUGUCAUCGUGCACCGUUUGCUGGGCGCCUCUCUGAAUUGUGGACCCCGUCUCAGCGUCUCAGGAGAGGAAGUGCACCAGCAGGCGUCUCACUGUAAUGACAGGAAGACCGCCUCAAAGAGAGUCCAAGAGUUGAGCUCUGAACUUUUCUUUGCUGUUUUUGUGAAGGAGUGUGGUCCUCUGGAUUCAGAAGCCAUGGUCAUGGGAGUUCUGGACCAGUCCUUCGACGUGCUGGUGCUUCGAUAUGGAGUGCAGAAACGAAUUUACUGUAAUUCAUUAGAAGGUCUAAAGGAGGUCGAGUUUCGUAAAGUGGGAAAGAAGCCAGAGAUGACGCUUGUUUGGGAAACGGAUGACCCAUCUAAGGACUCCAUAAAACAGGAGAUCUCCAUCUUCACCCUGUUGAACGUUCAGCUGAAGGCAGACGGAGCUCCUAUGAAAUACAGCGCGACGCUCAAGAGACCCUUAGCACCCAUGUAAACCCCACCAACACCACUUUACUUCAACCAAACAGAUUUGUCAGUAGUUCACACAUCUUUUGCACGAACGUACCAUGAACUCCGUUUUAAUCCCUCUUCUUUGACUUUUAAGAUUUUGUUCUCAAGACUUUUCGAAGACGGAAAGAAGUGUUUUUAUUUUAAGCUAUUUUGCUUUAGCCUCAGGAAUUGUGACGUUUUGUUCAGGGAUUGUUUUAUACAUUUUCAGCGUCUCUUUUGAAUCUGAAAUUCUCCCAUAUUAAGAUGCUACUCUUAUUUCAUGCUUCGGGUUUUAUUUCACACUUUCGCAAAUGUGUCCUUUGUAGCUUACAGACAUUUUUGUUUUGUUCUGCCUUAACCUGCGGCCUUUGCAUUAGAAACGAUUGCUUCAGAAAUGACAUUUCGUUAACUUCAGAAGUUAUGUUAAUGAUUAUUUUGUUUUCCCAAU